UUUCACAGGAAUUAACUGACCGGUAUGGUGUCAACGCGAGGAGUCAAAGUAAAGUUUUCUGAGGGUGAGCGUGUGCUUUGCUACGAACCUGACCCUACUAAAGCCAAGGUUUUGUAUGAUUCCAAAGUUCUGGAAGUAGUUUACAACAAAGACAAUAAGGGUCGCAAACAAGUUGAAUACCUCAUCCAUUUCCAGGGUUGGAAUGCAUCUUGGGAUCGCUGUGUUGCUGAAGAUUACGUAUUGAAGGACACAGAUGAGAACAGAGAGUUGCAGCGUCAACUAGCAGACAAAGCUCACAUAAAACUGUCUAUUAAAUCCAACCGAGUACUCCUUUGGGGCCCAUCAUAGUAAGUAUA